AUGAGAAGAGUAUUGAAAAAUCUGAUACGAAGUGUACAAGUAGUGCUUGUCUGUUUUUACUUGUUGAAUAUAGUGACAACCAUACCGAUUUCUUUUAAGAUUGGAGGAUUGUACUGUGGUUUAACUUUUACCGUUACUUUAUUUUAUUUGUAUUUUACUUCAACGACAUUAAAUAUCAUUGCAAGACGAUGGGGCAGUAAACCUGCGAUAAUUAUAACUUCAUCUUUCUUUUACUUCCAAAACUUUAUUAUUCCAUCUCUAUUGCAUUUAUUUUUGAAUGGUUUUGCUAACGAAGAUUUAAUAAAAUCAAUACGAAGUGGUAUUCAGCCAAAGGAAACUUUCUUAGACUUAUUGAGAGGCGACAUCCCUGUAUCUGUUAAAAACUGGUUACUUUUCUAUUACUAUUAUAGUUAUACAGUUAAACCAUGGCAGGUAAUUCUAUCAUACUCAACUCCUGUUUUCACGCUAUUAGAAGGUUUUUUUACUAUUUUAGGUAUCCAGACUAUAGGAGAGAUGAAUACUUGGCUGAAACACGAAAGAAAUUCAAAUAUUUGGAUUAUUUCUUCUCUAUUAACUUCUGGUGGUUUGAUAACUGGCUCUCUUUACUAUUUAUACAGAAUUUAUGCAACUCCAAUUUGGAAUCUUUCAGUAGGUGCUGCAACUUUGCUGGGAUUUACGCUUUCUUUAGUCGGUAGUUUGGGUAUUUACGGUAUUGUAAGCCAUAAUGGUUCUGUCAUUGAAAGUUCUUUAUUCUUUGCUUACAUUGUCCGUUGUAUUUAUGAAAUUGCACCUGAAUUGGCUACAACCGCCACAGAAGAAUUUCUGGAAGGUAUUAAAGAGGUAUGGCAAAGUCAUCAUGCCAAUUUGAAUGUAGCAGAUGGUUUCAUUUCAUAUUUUUAUGAUUCUUUCCAUAUGCAAGCUCAUAAAUUUUGGACUCUUUUCACUUCAAGAACUCCAUACUAUGGGUAUUUACAUAAUUACUGUAUGGAUUAUCCAUCAUUAGUAAUGAUCAGGAGUAAUUUUUAUCCUAUAUGGGAAACCUUAAAAACAUUGACCUUCAGCGUACCUACUUCAAUUAGUGAAUUAUUUCAUUUGACGGUAAGAAUGGCUAUCGAUUCUGUAUCGCCAGCAAUAAUAAUAAAUUUAUGUUUUAGGUUAAUGAUUUUCUAUUCAGCAACUAGAAUUAUUCCUGCUAUUCAAAAGAGAACAAGAUCAGAAACAAGGAAAAUACGAGGCAUUAUGAAAGCUUUAUAUUGGUAUAGUCCUUGCAUUUUGAUUGCUAUGUAUACACAUUUAAUUUUGCAAUAUUCUGGUGAGUUGAAAAAAGAUUUAUGCUUAUGGGGAUGCGAUUCAACUUGGUUUGGUGAAGAUCAAGAACGUAUUAAUGUUGAUGCAUGGAGUUUUUGGAAUUGGUGUAAUAUAUUUUGGACUAUAAUAAUAUAUGGUAGUGAAUUAAUAGGAGGCAAGAAAUAG